GCCGCCUCCGGGCCCGCCCCGCCCGGUCCUCCGGGGCCACGCAGGGCGGAGGGGGAGGGGACGCGGAAGGCCCGAGACCCCUCUGCAGACCCAGGAUGGGGAAACCAUGCAGGCUCCCCAGGUCGGAGGGUGCCAGGUAAAGCCCGGCACAGGGGGGAGAAAUGGAGUCGACAUAUCUGCAAAAGCACCUUGGGACAUGUCUAACUCAAGGUCUUGCAGAAGUGGCAAGAAUUCGCCCAGUGGAUCCAAUAGAAUAUUUAGCAUUGUGGAUUUAUAAAUAUAAGGAAAAUGUGACCAUGGAGCAACUGAGACAGAAGGAAAUGGCUAACUUGGAGCGGGAAAGAGAACUAGCUGAGAUUGAGCAGGAGAUGAUGGAGAGGCUCAAAGCCGAAGAACUCCUGUUUCAGCAGCAACAGCUGGCAUUCCAGCUGGAGCUGGAAAUGCAAGAAAAAGAGAGACAAAGGAUAGAAGAACUACAGAGAGCUCAAGAACAAUUAGAGAAGGAGAUGAGAAUGAAUAUGGAAAAUAUAGCUAAGAGUGAAGAUAGUUCACAUGCAGAGGAUGUAACAUCAGACUCAGGCAAAACACUAGCUGAAAUCAGUGACCGAUAUGGGGCCCCUAACCUGAGCAGAGUGGAAGAACUUGACGAGCCAAUGCUCUCUGAUGUUGCAUUAAACAUUGAUCAAGAUUUGUAGGAUCAACCAACCUAAGAGCAAUAAAUUUUUCUGCUUAUUUCAA